AUGGUAGCAGCGGCAGGACCCUGCUGGGGAGCAGCUGGAGAGUUCCGCUCCGCUGGCGCAGCCUCGGGCCUCACUGCCUCAGCUCUGGAUUGCCGACUGCACAGCAAGAUUGCACUUCAAAACCGAAACCACAGCUCUUCCCAGCCUGGAUCACUCACAACCGACGGGAUCGCCAGCUCACAAAGCAGCAAGCCAAAGAACCCCUCUUUCCCAUGGAGUGAGGCAGAGGAACCGGAGCUCAGGAUUGUGCUCGUUGGGAGAACUGGAGUUGGCAAGAGUGCAGCAGGAAACACCAUCUUGGCGAGAAAAUUUUUUAAAUCUAAGCUUUCUUCUUCCUCAGUGACAUCAUAUUGUCAAAAGGAAACAGCAGAGUUUGAUGGACAAACACUGGCUGUUGUUGAUACUCCAGGUCUGUUUGACACCGAUAAAACAAACGAGGAAGUGAUGAAAGAGAUCUUGAAAUGUGUCUCAAUGGCUGCUCCUGGUCCUCAUGUGUUCCUGGUUGUGCUCCAGCUGAACAGAUUCAUAAAAGAAGAAGAAGACACAGUGAAACUCAUUCAGAAGAUGUUUGGAAAACAGGCAGCAGAUUACACUGUGGCCUUGUUUACCCAAGGAGACAUGCUGAAGGAGGAAGGAGGCUCCUUAGAUGAAUUAAUUGGUGAAAAGGCAGCUCUUGGUAACUUCAUCAAGCAGUGCUAUGGAGGAUACCAUGUUUUUGAUAACAAACAGGAGGAUCCCUCUCAGGUCAGUGAGCUACUGAAGAAGAUCAAAAGAAUGAUUGAGAGAAAUGGAGGAGGAUACUACACCACUGAAAUGUUCCAAGAGGCUCAGAAAGCCAUAAAUGAAAAAAUGAAACAACUCCAAGAAGAAAAUCCAAAUAUGACAGACAAAGAAGCAAGAACACGUGCAGAGGAAGACAAUGCAUUUAUUUCCUUUGUUAAGGCAUUUGCUGCCGGAGGUGCUGCCGGAGGUGCUGCUGGAGCUGUUACUGGAGGAGGUAUUGGGUGGUUCGGGGGUCCAGUGGGAGCUUUAGCAGGAGCUGGAAUAGGAGCUGUAGCAGGAGCUACAGUGGGAGGUAUAACUGCAGUGAGAAAGAAGGCAUGCAUUAUUCAGUGAAUUUCCAAUAUGAAUCAGCCAUGAGCUUUAAACCAAUAUUAAAAUAUAGAUACAGGGAAUCAUUGUGGUAAGAAUUAUUUUUAGCUUUUUCAUAGAUUUUAUCAUCUCUACCAACAAUUUGUUUUCUGUUUACUUUAGAGCAUCUUCACUGUACAAAAUAUUCCUCUUUAUGAUUCGUUAUUCAUCAUGUCAUCAACGGGAUAUUUUUGAACUCUUCAGUCCAAAACAAGAGACAUGUCAUAUUACAUCUUAUGUCAUUUGUAAGUCAUUGAUGAUAAUUGACACACUGCAGUGCUGCACAGUUGCUGGAGGACAACAGAGGACAUAUGAAGUCUCAAAAUGGCAUCAAAAUAUGCUGAUAAAAAUAACACAAACUUUAAGUCAGACACAAUGUUGAACAGAUAUCUCAACCGGUUCUCAAUGCUGUUUUUGUUUUGUUUUGUUUUGUUGUUGUUGCUCUUUUUUGUAUUGUGAAGCAUCUUUGAGUACACCAAAAAGUGGUAAAAAAAUCUGAAUUGUUAUUAUCAUUUACUCCAACAAUUAUUACUAUAAUUGGCCAGUUAUAUAAUUUGGCUAAAGUUGCACACAUCCAGAAAGAAAGCAUGAUUUCUGGACUCAUGUUGGUCAUUCUAUGACAUACCUAACAGAUGAAGUUGCCCUUUUCACAGCCCAUCAGUGUAUAUUGUGUGAAGACAGUUAGAACCUGACUAGCAGGGAGACAGUCAGUGCAGUAUGAGCUCACAGCUUUAAUGCUGCCCUCCUAGAGAUUGACGGUUCAGUGUCCUUCCCCCAAUUCUCUGUUCUCUUGAUCAUUUUUACUUUUCUUUGUAAAAUUUUAGAACAUCAUUUUGUCGCUUGCACUAGUGACAAUUUUAACACAUCACUGACUGACACUUACAACUUGUUGUCAUGUUAAUGAUAUCAUACCUCUUUUGAUUGGACCUGGGUGACCACACACAGGAACAAGCAUGCACACACAGCUCUGUGUAGUCUCAAAGUCUACAACAUCACAUAUUGUAUACUGCUGCAUACCAAUCUUUAUAUAUUAUAUAGUAUGCUGCUCUCAGUUUCAAGCUGAGCAUGUAUGAUCCAUCCAUACACAUAGUCCUGAUUUCAUUUUUCCGGUCCUUGAGAUAUCAGUUUCUGAGAUUUCUUUCACCCUUCCAAUAUAAUAGAGGAAAGAGAAAUUUAGUUUUUGAAGUUCACAGCAUUAAAAAUAGUAUUUUCAGAAUAUUAUACAGCAUAAUCAUAUCAUUCCAGAUGCAAUGUCCUGGUUAAUAUCCAUAAUAUCUGGAUAUCCAUAGAACAUAAUGUCUAGAGUUUCAUUGAGAUUAUUUUUUAUAAUUUGGGUGAACUGGUCCUUUAAAACGACAUUUUACAUGAAUGAACUGAUUUAUAAUCUGUGGUUUCAAACUGUCAGUAAAUAUUAGCUUUGUUAAAGACAAUGGGAACUCUGUGUACUCUGUGCUAGAUCAGAUGAGGAGGAAGGAAGAGAAAGAAUGUUUAUUGGGUAGGUAAAAAUGUGAAACACAGAACUAUGUUAAAAUUUUGCUUCAUGUAUCUCAUGUAUUUUGUCUAUUCCACCAUGUUA